GAGAGAGAGACCCAGUGGAGAGCUGCUGGAUUUCCGAGACCAGGACCAGAACCAGAGCGGAAUGGAGGAGGAGAAGCCGGAGCAGCGGAGCAACAAGGUCCCCAGAAGAGCAGCAGCAGGCUCGGCCUCUGAUAGCAGCGGUGUUCAGAAACGGAGAGGAAGAGGGGGACUCGGACAUCACAGCUGUCAGCACUGUGGAAAGUCCUUCACAACAUCUGGAAAUUUAAAGACUCAUCAGAUAGUUCACACUGGAGAGAAACCAUACAGCUGUGAACAAUGCGGGGCGGCAUUCACACAGUUAGGUGCGGUCAAACGUCAUCAACUCAUUCACACUGGAGAGAAGCCGUUCUGCUGUGAACAAUGCGAGGCAGCAUUCACACAGUUAGGUACGCUCAAAAUUCAUCAACUCAUUCACACUGGAGAGAAGCCGUUCCGGUGUGAACUAUGUGGGACAAGUUUUUCUCAGCGUGGUACCCUUAAAGCCCACCAACGCAUUCACAAUGGAGAUAAACCGUACAGCUGUGAACAAUGCGGAGCAGCUUUUACCGUUCAAAGUUCCCUAAAAGCUCACCAACGCAUUCACACUGGAGAGAAGCCGUUCUGGUGUGAGCAAUGUGGGAAAACAUUUUCUAAGAGUGGUAACCUUAAAGUCCACCAACACAUUCACACUGGAGAUAAACCGUACAGCUGUGAACAAUGCGGGGCAGCUUUCUCACUGUCAUCUCAACUAAUGAUCCACCAACAUGUUCACACUGGUGAGAAGCCGUUCUGGUGUGAACAAUGUGGGAAAAUGUUUUCCCAGAGUGAUAGCCUUAAAAGACACCAACGCAUUCACACUGGAGAUAAACCGUACAGCUGUGACCAAUGCACAGCAGCUUUCACACAGUUAUCUAGCUUAAACUCCCACCGACGUGUUCACACUGGAGAGAAGCCGUUCUGGUGUGAGAAAUGUGGGAAAACUUUUUCUCAGAGUUCUCACCUUAAAGUCCAUCAACUCAGUCACACUGGAGAGAAGCCGUUCUGGUGCGAGCAAUGUGGGAAAGCCUUUUCUCUGGCUAGUAACCUUAAAGUCCACCAACGCAUUCACACUGGAGAUAAACCGUACAGCUGUGACAAAUGUGGAGCAGCAUUCACAACAUUGGGUAACCUUAAAAAUCAUCAGAGAAUUCACACUGGAGAGAGACCAUACAGCUGUGAACAAUGUGGGGCAGCUUUCAAACAGUUAGGUGCGCUCAAACGUCAUCAACUCAGUCACACUGGAGAGAAGCCGUUCCGGUGUGAACAAUGUGGGAAAGGUUUUUCUCAGCGUGAUACCCUUAAAGCCCACCAACUCAGUCACACUGGAGAUAAACCGUACAGCUGUGAACAAUGCGGGGCGGCAUUCACAUGGUUAAGUAAGCUCAAAACUCAUCAACUCAUCCACACUGGAGAUAAACCCCACAGCUGUGAACAAUGCGAGGCAGCAUUCACACAGUUAGGUGCGCUCAAACGUCAUCAACUCAUUCACACUGGAAGGAAGCCGUUCCGGUGUGAACUAUGUGGGAAAACCUUUUCUCGUGGUGAUACCCUUAAAGACCACCAACGCAUUCACACUGGAGAUAAACCGUACAGCUGUGAACAAUGCGGGGCAGCUUUCACCAGUCAAAGUUCCCUAAAGUCUCACCAACACGUUCACACUGGAGAGAAGCCAUUCGGGUGUGAACAAUGUGGGAAAACAUUUUCUAUGAGUAGUCACCUUAAAGUCCACCAACGCGUUCACACUGGAGAUAAACCGUACAGCUGUGAACAAUGCGGGGCAGCUUUCUCACGGUCAUCUCACCUAAAGACCCACCAACAUGUUCACACUGGUGAGAAGCCGUUCUGGUGUGAACAAUGUGGGAAAAUGUUUUCCCAGAGUGAUAGCCUUAAAGUCCACCAACGCAUUCACACUGGAGAUAAACCGUACAGCUGUGACCUAUGCACAGCAGCUUUCACACGGUUAUCUAGCUUAAACUCCCACCGACGCAUUCACACUGGAGAGAAGCCGUUCUGGUGUGAACAAUGUGGGAAAACUUUUUCUCAGAGUUCUCACCUUAAAGUCCAUCAACUCAGUCACACUGGAGAGAAGCCGUUCCGGUGUGAGCAAUGUGGGAAAGCCUUUUCUGUGUCUAGUUACCUUAAAGCCCACCAACGCAUUCACACUUACCGGCUCCUGUUUACAUCCAGGAGCCCCGGUCCGAUAGAAGAGACCGCGAGGAGACGGGGCUGUAGAGCUGGAGCUCAGGUCAAGACCAGGCGAUCUUUCUGGACGGGGUUCUCUGGCCUUGUCGCGGAGAACGGUCCGGUGGUUGCGGCGGUUUCCCUCCAGGAAGCUGGUGGAAUUAGGCCUACUCCCCAGCCGCAGUACCCACGGAUGUUUCUGCCCGUUGGACGGGUGCCUCUUCUGUCCCAGCGAUGCGCUGGUGGGAACGUGGACCUGCCCAGACUGCCGAUACAGAUUGUUGCUGUGCUGUCUGACCAGAGACUGACCGCUCGCCGCAGCUGGAGAUCACUCAGCAGCAGUCCCAGUGGAGAGCUGCUGGAUCUCCGAGACCAGGACCAGGACCAGAACAAGAGCGGAAUGGAGGAGGAGCAGCAGAAGCCGGAGCAGCGGAGCAACAAGGUCCCCAGAAGAGCAGCAGCAGGCUCGGCCUCUGAUAGCAGCGGUGUUCAGAAACGGAGUGGAAGAGGGGGACUCGGACAUCACAGCUGUCAGGACUGUGGCAAGUCCUUUGCAACAUCUAGAAAUUUAAAGAUUCAUCAGAGAGUUCACACUGGAGAUAAACCGUACAGCUGUGAACAAUGUGGGGCAGCUUUCAAACAGUUAAGUUUGCUCAAAAGUCAUCAAUUCAUUCACACUGGAGAGAAGCCAUUCUGCUGUGAACAGUGCGGGAAAACUUUUUCUCACCGUGGUCACUUUAACGUCCACCAAGUCAUUCACACUGGAGAUAAACCAUACAGCUGUGAUCAAUGCGGGGCAGCAUUCACAACGUCGGGUAAUCUUAAAGUCCAUCAACGCAUUCACACUGGAGAGAAACCAUACAGCUGUGCACAAUGCGGGACAGCUUUCACACAGUUAGGUGCACUCAAAACUCAUCAACUCAUUCACACUGGAGAGAAACCAUACAGCUGUAUCCAAUGCGGGGAAGCUUUCACACAGUUAGGUGCGCUUAAAAUUCAUCAACUCGUUCACACUGGAGAGAAGCCGUUCAGCUGUGACCAAUGCGGGGAAGCAUUCAUAACGUCGGUUAAACUUAAAUCCCACCAACGCAUUCACACUGGAGAGAAGCCGUACAGCUGUGAACAAUGUGGGGCAGAUUUCUCACAGUUAUCUAACUUAAAGGCCCACCGACGUGUUCACACUGGAGAAAAGCCGUACAGCUGUGAACAAUGUGGGGCAGCUUUCUCACAAUUAUCUCACUUAAAGGUCCACCGACGUAUUCACACUGGAGAUAAACCUUACAGCUGUCAACAAUGCGGAGCAGCUUUCACGACGUCGGGUAAUCUUAAAGCCCAUCAACGAAUUCACACUGGAGAUAAACCGUACAGCUGUGAACAAUGUGGUGCAGCUUUCACAACGUCCGGUAAACUUAAAGCCCACCAACUCAUUCACACUGGAGAUAAACCGUACAGCUGUGAACAAUGUGGGGUAGCUUUCUCAGAGUUACCUCACUUAAAGGCCCACCGACGUGUUCACAAUGGAGAGAAGCCGUUCUGGUGUGAACAAUGUGGGAAAACUUUUUCUCAGAGUAGUAGCCUUAAAAGACACCAACUCAUUCACACUGCCUCCUCUUGAACAUGUUCUAAAGCCAAGCUGUUGUUAGAGAGGAGAGAGGGAACAAAUAGCGUGAGUCAAGACGCUGUUUACUACCCAGAUAACAAAAGAGAGCAGUCCCGAGCCCAAAGUAGCCGAGGUCCAGGACCACUUGCAGGCACUAACCUGCUUGAUAAAUAUGGAAGAAGAACAAAGUGUGGAAUUUGUCAGAGAACAUAACAUUGGGUCAAAAAGAGCAUGUAAAGAUGACAAGUGAAAAUCAGUGCAGUGAAAACCACGAUGAGUGUAACAUAACAGUUGUUUUCCAAGGAAUCAGAUGAUGAGAUAUUCAUGGUUGAAGCUUGUAGAAGAAAAUGAUUUACCAGUUUUAGUCUCAUUUUAUCUUAAUAUCCUCUUUCUGGUCACUGAUUAUGUUGAUCAUAUUUUACCUGAUUUUUAAAAGAAAUGUUAUCUUGUGUUGUGUAACUGAAAGUUAUUACCAAUAUACGUCGAGAUGGAAUUGGUUUUGGAUAUAUGACUGUUAUCGUUUAUAUUUUACUUUAUUACUUCAUGUAUUCAUGUGUUUUGUUGAAGAAUAUUGUGAGUUGGGUUUAUAUAUAUAUAUAUUUUUUUCCUCUUACUUUGUUGAAGCUGGUCAUGUUGGUUCAUACAUGUGAGGUCACUUGAAGAGUAGUAAUGUAGACUCACUGUAAUCUGAACACUAAAUAUUACCCCGCAGACAUGAAUACUUUUUGACAUACUAUACUAUGACUUAAUUGCUUUUUUCGAUAUACUAUACUAUGACUAUUUUUGACUUUUUCGACCUAUACUAUAACUUGUUUUCGACCCACUAUAUGAUUUUUUUGUUUUUAUUUCUAUAUACUAUACUUUGACUUUUUAUGACCUUUUUUCGAAUUAUUAGAUUUAUUUAUUAAUUAUUUCAC